GUAAUCUAUAUUGAUGUACAUGCAUGCGCCACUAGGCGGCAGUACUUACCCUCUAGACAGGAAAUGUGUGGUAUGUAAGCAGCACGAGAGACGCUAAAAUAAAAGAUGGUUGUUGCUCCACGGUAACGCUUGAGCGAGAGUUUAUUCAAGAGCCCAACACAACAUGGUGUCAGAAGUGCACUCGCUCUAAGCGGUGAACUGAGAAAAACUGAAAAGAAAGUCAGCUUGGCGAUCGGCUAGCGACAAACAUGACGGAGCAAGCAGCGGCUCUACCGGCGGCAGCGGCGACACCUGGCCCGGUUAUGGCAGCUCCACCAGCGGCUACUUUCACCAUCAAGCCACCGGAACCGUUCGACUUCGCAAAGCCCCAGGAAUGGGAGAAGUGGAUCAGACGUUUCGAGCGUUUUAGAAUGGCAAGUAAUCUGAACAGCUCAACAGAUGCUAACCAAGUGAACACAUUAGUUUACUGCAUGGGGGACGAGGCUGACGACGUGCUAAGGGGACUUGACCUAACAGACGGGCAGCGCCAGCAGUACGAUGCAGUCAGAAACGCAUUUGAUAGACAUUUUGUCCCCAGAAAGAAUGUGAUCUAUGAAAGAGCAAAGUUUAAUAAGCGAGUACAACAGCCAGCAGAAACAGUUGACUCCUUCAUAACAGCUCUAUAUGCUCUCGCUGAAAACUGUGAAUAUGGUGAACUUCACGAUGAACUUUUGAGGGAUAGGCUCGUUGUGGGUCUUAAAGAUUCAUCGCUGUCGGAGAGAAUGCAGCUCAACAAAGAUUUGACCCUAGCUAAAGCUAUCACAAUGGCGAGACAAUCUGAGGAAAUAAAAAGACAGCAAACUGACCUAAGAGGUGAAAGCAGCACUGGCAAGACAGCAGUGGAUGCCGUGCAUGUCAGAAAAUCACAGCCAAAUAAAUUCAGAAGCAGAGACCAAAAGCAGUUCAAGCCACAUAAACCACAAAUAACAAGACAAGAGAAUAAAACCUGUUCUAAAUGUGGGAAAGCACCGAUGCACCCAGCAGCACAGUGCCCAGCCAAAAAUGCAGAAUGCCACAACUGUGGGAAACGUGGACACUACGGGAGAGUUUGUAGGUCUACAACUGUGCAUGAGGUGGCAGACAGUGCAGAUGGACUUUUCCUAGGUGAACUAGAUUCAGGAGAAGACCCGUGGCUUGCUAACAUCUGCGUGAGAGGCAAAAGCAUGACAUUUAAAUUAGACUCGGGGGCAGAUGUCACAGCUAUCUCAGAGGAGACAUUCAAAGACAUUAAGCAGCCAAGUGAACAUUUGCAAAAAGCUAAAAAGCCACUGUAUGGACCAGGAGGUGCAGCACUGAGCGUACUUGGGUCUAUAAAGGAGGACAUUUCCUACAGUGACAGGAGCACUACAGAGACAAUCUAUGUAGUCAGAAAUCUGCGUGUAGCUCUCUUAAGCAGGACAGCUUCUGUGAGACUGAAACUAAUUGCCCGAAUGGACAAUGUUGACCUUGAGACAGUGAAGAAAGUGUACCCGAAACUAUGUAAUGGGCUCGGGCUUGUUCAAAAACCGUACACGAUUAAGCUGAAGCCCGACGCUAAACCUUAUUCACUGAAAGUGCCUAGGCGUGUUCCACUGCCACUACUGGGCAAAGUCAAAACAGAGCUGGAGAGGAUGGAACAGUUGGGAGUAAUCAGUCGUGUGGAAGAGCCCACAGACUGGUGUUGCGGCAUGGUCGUAGCCCCUAAAAAGGACAGAGAGAAUGUCCGCAUCUGUGUGGACAUGACACCAUUGAAUGAGUCUGUGUGUCGUGAAAGAUACAUCCUCCCCUCUGUAGACCAAACACUAGGCAUGCUCACAGGUGCGCAGUAUUUCUCCAAGCUUGAUGCUAACAUGGGCUUUUGGCAAAUACCGCUGUCCAAAGAAUCUGCUCUCCUCACCACAUUUAUUACGCCAUUUGGUAGAUACCAUUUCAAUCGUUUGCCAUUUGGUAUUUCCAGUGCACCAGAGCAUUUCCAAAACAUGAUGGUGACGGAAGUGACAGCCGGCCUCACGGGAGUCGUGUGCCACAUGGACGACAUCCUGGUCUGGGGAUCCACGAAAGAGGAGCACGACAUGAGACUCCACGCUGUCCUCGACCGUGCAGAGAAGGCGGGCGUCACCCUGAACAUGUCAAAAUGUGAGUUUGGCAAAAGAGCAGUGAAAUUCUUAGGAUUCAUUGUGUCAUCCGAAGGCAUGAGUCCUGACCCUGACAAAACUAGUGCGGUGCAGAAUAUGAAAGAGCCAAGCACCGUGAGUGAGCUUAGAAGCUUCUUAGGAAUGGUGAAUCAGUUGGGGAAAUUCAUCCCAAACCUCUCCGAAAAAGACAAACCACUGAGAGACUUGCUUUCAACUAAAAACAUGUGGUACUGGGGGCAUGAGCAACAAAAUGCAUUUAGCAGUUUAAAAGAAGAACUGUCAUCCGCUCCAGUACUGCAACUUUACGACCCAAACAAACCCCAAAAGAUCUCAGCAGAUGCCUCUUCAUACGGGUUGGGGGCAGUUUUGCUACAGAAAGACAGUGACGUGUGGUCACCAGUCGCGUAUGCCUCACGAUCAUUGACACCCACAGAGCAGCGCUAUGCUCAGCUGGAAAAAGAAGCGCUGGCGCUCACCUGGGCCUGUGAAAGAUUCAGUGACUUUAUUUUGGGGCUGCACUUUGAGCUUGAGACCGACCAUAAGCCACUCGUGAGCCUACUUGGAGGGCAGGCCUUGGAUUUGCUUCCACCGCGGAUACAGAGAUUCCGCAUGCGCCUAAUGAGGUAUUCUUACACUAUAAGGCACAUUCCAGGCAAAAGCCUCACCACAGCCGACACGCUGUCACGGUUACCGCUGACACACAGUGUGAUUUCCAGAGACAAUGAUCUUAUGGAGGACACUGAUAUUUACGUUGACGCAGUGCUGGAGGGCCUUCCUACUAGCAGCAAAUACCUUGCAGAUCUCCGUGAGCAGCUACAGUCUGACGGCGUCUGUUCCCAAGUCAUGAAGUUCUGUGCAGAGGGCUGGCCUGACAGGAACCAGCUGCAGGGUGUAGUAAAACACUACUGGUCGGAAAGAGCAGUUUUGAGCGUUCACAAUGGACUACUAUUGCGAGGCACAAGGUUGGUCAUACCUGCAAACAUGCGAAAUGCAGUUUUGGACAAAAUACACGAGGGUCACCAAGGGGUAGUUAAGUGUCGAGAACGCGCCCGACAAGCAGUGUGGUGGCCAGGCUUAAGUAAUCAGAUCAGUGAACUUGUCCUUAAGUGCAGGCUUUGCAUACAGGAGAGAGUUAAUGUGAGGGAACCUCUUAUGCCCACACGUUUACCUGAAAGGCCAUGGCAGAAUUUAGGAGCUGAUUUGUUCACGCUAAAAGACAAAAACUAUCUGUUGGUAGUAGAUUAUUUCUCGAGAUAUGUCGAGAUUGCUCAACUCAGCCCGACUCGUUCAGCCAAUGUGAUUGUGCAUUUAAAGUCAAUAUUUGCACGCCAUGGAAUACCUGAAACAUUGAUUACUGAUAAUGGCCCACAAUUUGCAUGUCAAGAGAUGAAAGACUUUGCAAAGGACUACUGUUUUGAGCAUGUCACCAGUAGUCCCAGGUACCCGCAGAGCAACGGCGAGGCGGAGAGAGGUGUCCAGACCAUCAAAAAUCUCCUCAAAAAAGCCAGCGAUCCAUACAAGGCAUUGCUGGCAUACAGAACAACAGCACUGGCGAAUGGCUACAGCCCGGCUCAACUUCUCAUGGGGCGGCCCUACAUGGUCAAGCUCCCCGGUAUAUAA